AACGUUCUCCUUUCUUCUCUGUUGAGUUCUCACAUAUUCUCCGUCUUCCGACUAUCUUCUCCGGUGAGAGCAUUGCGAGAUCAGUACCCAGGGRGAACCGAAGUGUGCAUUCCAAAGAGGGAACCAAAGCUGCAGGUUUCAGUGGAUCAAUAUUAUCUACUAGCUAUUGAUUCUGGCCAUACAUAAUGCCUAGGUAUUAUUGUGAUUAUUGCGACACAUACUUAACUCAUGAUUCUCCUUCUGUUAGAAAUCAGCACAGUGCAGGCUACAAACACAAGGCAAAUGUGCGUUCCUAUUAUCAGCAAUUUGAGGAGCAACAAACACAAAGUCUGAUUGACCAGAGGAUCAAGGAGCAUCUUGGGCAGACUGCUGCAUUCCAGCAAGUUGGUGCAGCAUACAAUCAACAUCUUGCUUCUUUCCAAGCAAAUCCUCAAAGACCCCGUCUUCCUAUUCUGCCAACACCUAUUUUGCCAACUGGAGCUCCACAGGUACCUGGGACAUCAUCUUUGGUUCCAGGAAUCAGGCCCCCUGUUUUACCUAGACCUGUUGCUGGUGCUCCAGGUUAUGCAGCUGCUCCAUCUAUGCCAUCAGUAUUUGGCCCAUCUGGUACACCUUUGCCUAUGCAAGUUAAUGGAUUGCCAAGGCCUCCGACAAUUAAUUCUCCAACAACUGUUCCUGGGGGCACAGCAGCUCCAACUUCUAAUGGUGCACCUUCUAUGGUUACACCAGUGAUGUAUCAAGCAAACCCAACCACUGCAACAAGUGGAGGUUUUGAUAGCUUUAAUACCACUGCUGCUUCAGGUCUACUAAGGCCAAGUCCAAGUGGAAAUUCUGCUCCUUCCUCUACUGCUUCACAAGAUGGUUUUACUUACGCUCAAAAUGCCGAGGCCAGUAAUUAGUAUGGUCAAUGGAUAUAUCUUUUAAAUCCCCAUCCCCCUCCAUCUACUACCUCCACUUUUUAGGUAGAUGUUCAUGUUUUUCAAUGUUUUGGUUGUACAUUUAGAGGGAUUGGAAAACAAGUGUUACAUUACUUCGAGAAAUAAUAUAAAACACAAAAGAUUUCUCAUAA